UUAAACAUCUGAGUAGGUCCCUUUUUAUUCAGUAUAUUCUAUGAUUCUGUGAGGCUUCUUGAAGGUGUCCAUGGCACUCUGACCACUUCCAGAGCCGAUCCCCUGGGACAGGGUGAGCUGUGGAGUGCAGCCAUCACUCUGACCCCUGUGUCUCCUUACCAGAUGCAGAGCAGGUGUAGGUGCUGCUUAAAGCUUCAGUUUGAGACGUGCUGCCUUCAUUACACAUUUCAGAGAUGUGUAAGAAUAGGGAGAGGCCACACAGAAUGUGACUUUGUGAAGGAGCUACUGGCACAUGAGAACAAUGAGAGUGUUCUACAGUCCCUUGAUAAGUUGUCUCUGCAAGUAACAUUUUCUCUUUAACACUGGUAUCAAGCCAUGCAUUUAUGUUAACUCAGCAUCUUUCUCAGGUUGGAGCUUGGUAGAGAAAUCAUCAUACAUGGCACACAGAACUCUACCUGAGACCAAGGAGUGAAGCUCCUACUCGGAGCACAGAACUGUAACUACUUCUGCAGUUCUUUGGCUGUGUAUUGUAUUGGCUCCCACAGAGCAGCAUCUGGUCUAUGAUCUCUGGCAAGCUCUCUCAACUUCUYUGGAUAUUGGGCUGAGUAACUGGAGCUUCCUGUACGUCACUGUCUCCCUCUACACGAUGACCAAAUCCUCUGCCAUUCUCUUCAUCCUGCUUUUUUCACUGCUCUUCAAGCUGGAGGAAAUGAGGGUGACAUUGCUGCUGGUGGUUCUGCUCAUCGCUGGGGGACUCUUCAUGUUCACCUACAAGUCCACACAGUUCAAUGCACAGGGGUUUGUGCUGGUGCUYUGUGCCUCUUUCCUGGGGGGCAUUCGCUGGACUCUCACACAGAUACUGAUGCAGAAGGCUGAACUGGGGCUCCAGAAUCCCAUUGAUAUCAUGUUUCACCUGCAGCCGCUCAUGUUCCUGGGGCUCUUCCCACUCUUUGCKGUGUUUGAGGGCCUGCCUUUGUCCAUAUCAGAGAAGCUCUUCCGUUUCCAUGAAGCAGGAAUGCUGUUCUCUCUGGUAGGGAAGCUGUUCUUGGGUGGAAUUCUUGCCUUUGGUCUAGGCUUUUCUGAGUUCCUCUUGGUUUCCAGAACAUCUAGCCUCACCCUUUCCGUUGCUGGCAUUUUUAAGGAAAUCUGCAUUUUAUUCCUCGCCACACAUUUACUGGGAGAUCGCCUCAGUCUCUUGAACUGGCUGGGCUUUGCUGUCUGCCUGUCGGGAAUCUCCCUUCACGUUGUUCUCAAAGCCAUGAAUUCCAAAGGUGACAAAGCACUGGAGCCACACAAAGAGGCCAGCUCUGACCCUGACCUGGAGCUGCUGCUGCGCCACCCUGARCAUGGUGAGGAAGAGGAAGAGGUUGUUGAAACCCCACAGCAGCACUGACUGAACAUGAAGCACAAAGCCACCUGCUCUGUUCUUACCAAACCUGCCUGACAGCUAUCCAGCAAGAAGGUCCAGAAGUCUCUGUGAGCACCCAAAGCAGAGCCAGGGCCUGGUGAGAGAAUUCUCUCAUUUUUGCUGUUUUGCUACAGCGUGGAUCUGUAGAUGCUGCACAAGAAACAGGCAAUAGCCCUUUCACAAGAGCUUGGAAGACAAGCCCUGGUUCAGUGGAUGUAGAAUGGUGUGGUGAGACAGGGAAAGACKGUAAAAAGUCUGUUAGAGGAUCCUGAAGGCUGAAGGAUUCUGAGAGAGUAGACCAUGAGCUGUAGGAUGAACAUGGACAUGUCUGGACUACAAGCUGAGUGGUUAAAGGAUGAUUUUACAGCUGUUUAGAUUUUGACUUCAGAGGAGAAGGUAGAUACACCUUCCCUUUUUUUAACGUUUCUGCAAAUUAGGAACUCCCAUCCUGRUGGGAGCACAUGACUGUAUAAAUCCCUAGAGCUGUCCCAGUGAGAAGGAYCCUUGGUGCCUGGUGACCUCCCUGUUCUAUGUGCAUAGUAAAGAGAGAUUUAAAUGUUGGUAUUUGGACCAAUUGAACAUGAUGAACAUUUCAAGAUGAUGUUGGUUGGAGUGAGGACAGGGAUGCGUGAGUACUUCUGGUGCUACAGACCAAGGAGGGAGAGAGCAGUCACAGGAGAUGUAACUUGAGCAAUAAGCUUAUUGGAAAGUAUGUGGGGUUUUGAGGGRGGGAUUUUUUGUUUUUUAAAUAAACUGUUUUUCUGAUUUGC